AUGGCAAUGCGUCCUGGUCCACCGCGUCAGCCCGUGGGGUCCACGGCGUGGUGCACCGAGGAGAGAUCGUCGGCCCUCCAGAUCUCGCGAUCCGAGGUUGAAGAGUUCGGCUACUCUGCAAGGAACGAACUGGAAUGGCUCAACGAGCACAUGGCAGACAUCUUCUCUGAGAACCAAAUAAACGUCGCCGAGGUCUUUAAAACACCAGGAAAGCUACGCGGGAAGACCCCAAGGACCGCACGCAAACCUGUUCAAAAUGAAAACAGAGUGCCCUUGUCAAAUAUAUUCUCUGCGACGCCCCAGGGCGAACCCAAUCCCUUCACAACAUCCGCGUUGCACAAUGACAGAACCCCCAAGUUCCGAAUCGCCGAGGACCACCCGGCCAGUCCGGCCAUGCGUCCUUCUGUAAACCGGAAACCCGUGCCUACAAAAUCCGCAGCUCAUAACACCAUCCCAGUCGCUGACUCCGGGUAUUACGGGAGUCAGAGCCAAGAGGUGUUUAGUGAAGUCGACGAGAUGAUUAAAAAUGCAGAGCCAGGACUACAGCAAGGUCCUCAAGGAACGCCACGACGACCAACACAGGUGGUGACGGCUCUGGCAGAUUCUGAUGCCAUUGGCGAUCUGGGCUCGGCCACAGAAGUUUUUGAGGACCCCGUCGAGCCUGAAAAGGUUGCAGAGACGGACCAUGCCGGAUUCGCGUCCCCGGAGGCAACAUUUGAUCGAGAAGUGGAGGCAGAAACGGUGCCGGCAUCGUCGCCAGUCAAUUUGUUGGGCCCUGAGUCGCCCGAGAAGCCACCAGCCGAAGUGUCGCCCUCGAGAAGCUCGCCAGCCCAGCCAGAGCCGCCUGCUGAUGUUGAAAACGACGGGAAAUAUAUGGAGGCGACUGCGCCAGAGCCCGCAUUAGAACUCCCCGCUGAGGACUAUGAGAACGCGGACGUUACCCGAUCGCCAUCAGACGGCUCAAGCCCAAUACGUCCACUUGUGCGCAAGAGCAGUUUGAAUUUUGCCUCUCUUCCUGCACGCGAACCUAUGGCCUCUAACAAGAGCCUGGGUGCGCGAAUGUCGAGAACAAGCCACGUCGACCUGGCCCGCACCAGCUAUUACCCCCGACAAACCGGAGGUAAGAGCUUAGGAAUUCGACAAGAAACGCGCGGAGAUGAUCAUGAAGCCAUGGAUAUCGAUGAGGACGACGUUGCGGGAGCAAUCAACAAAGGAAGUACUGUUGUGGCUCAUAGCAAGACGUACACCCAGAGACUGCAGGAUCAGAUCAGUAUGCUCGGAAAAUCGCAGGCAGGUGGGCCAAGGCUCUCGAAAUCAAUUCCUAGUCUCGCUGGCACUCAAAAACCUCUGCUCAGCAAUCAAUCUCAAGUCUCGCAGGCAGCUCGCGCGGACACAGAGGAGAUGGACCUUUCGCCUCAGAAGCAGCAUUUGGCCAAAACUCCCGGGGCUUUCCCUGAGGACGACGGAGACGACUGGAUUGCUCCGCCUACCACAAUCCAGGCGACCGCACAAAGCCCUCGUCCCGCGAUGGAGAAGAGCUACACUACGGACGUUAUGGAGGGGCUACAUAGCAAGAACACUGUUGGUGGUACCGAAUUCGUCCUGCCACGACACCCUUCACAGUCCGGCGCGUCAGAGUCACCGCCUGAUCUACCUGCCAAUAAACCAGACCAAGCUGCUUCCGUCUUUGGCCAUAUAAAAUCGGCAUCCAUUGACUUGCCAAGUUCUAAUUAUUCGCCUGGAGUUUCUAGUACUGGCCACAGGAAAAUCGUUUCGGCUUCUAAUCCCGUGUCGGUAGCCACCCAAGAACAUAAUACAUUCGAGCCUCCCAAGUCGCCAUCAAGAACAUUCCGCGAGAGCCCGUUGAAGAACAGCGCUUUGAAACAGGUUAAGAACAAAUUUUCCUCUAUACUCAAGAACUCCAGGGGGUUGUUGGCAAGCAGCGCUGCAAUCAGUGCAGAGGGCAAGGCAUCGUUGGUAAACUCGCCCUCAAACGUGAGACUGGGAAAGCAGCCAACUAGCUCGAACGGAUCCCUGCGAUCUGGCCACGAGACCGAGCCUCUAUAUCCCGAUUUGACACGCCACGCAUCUUGGGAGUCACAGCCUGUGCCCACACCAUCAAGCCCAUCGCGACCCAAUGGCCGUAAGACGCGUGCGUCUACGGAGCGAGAUAAGAGGGAGCAAAAGCAGAAGGACAGGGAGGGCAAGGAGGCAAAUCACAUCGCCAGCCAAAUGGAUAAGCUCGAGAAAGAGCGGGAAAAGGAGCGGGAAAAGGCCCGCGUUUUCAGCCAAGAGCAGGAGAGAAUCGCAGCUGAGAAGCAGCUUGCUGCGCAAAAAGAGCAUGAAAGGUCUAUGCGGACGCCGGCACCAAAGGAAGUCAUUAGGCCGACCCGAAGUAGCCCACGCAAGGCGAAGACGCAACAGGAAUCUGCAGCUAAAGCCGCAGCAGAAAUUGUUGAACUUGACUCUGCGGAUCAGGACAUAGAGAUGACCGAUGCUGCUACGACUAAGAUGGCUCCGGCUUCCAUUCCGCGACCAACCCCUGGCCAGUCCUUGAAGAAAAGCGAGAUAAAGAGACCGCAAAGGCCGACCAAGGAACCGGCCACGAAAGCGAGGCAAGCGCCCACUCUGAUACGUGUGAAUACGUCUUCUCAGAACACCGGAUUUCAUCCUUCGAAUAGCGUCUUGGCUGCAACUUUGGAGAAUACUCUCGGACCGUCCCAACAGCAAAUGAAGAGUAAGACCAGCCAGCCCACUUUGCAGAGCAAGAUGUCACAGCAGAGCUUCAAUAGUUCUGUCAACUCGUCGACGGGACGCCCCAAAGCUCUUGAUCUUGCUGCGAAGCGAAAACAGCAGGAAGAAAAGGAAGCCCAGCGGAGGCGUGAUGCCAAAGCAGAGAUUGAUCGGAAACGAGCAGCAAUGCGGGAGGAAGAUCGGCGCCAGGAGCAGGAGCGACGGGAGAAAGACCGGCAACAAGCGGCGAAAGAGGAGGAGGCCAAGAAGAAAGCGCAACGACAGGCCGCAAUCGAGAAGGCAAAGCAAACCAGAGCCCCUCCGCCAGCUGUCCGGUCUCAGCCCAAUGCCCCGCCUGAACACAACGGUGUGCGGGACAAAGCUGGUCUCCCUAGGCCAGCAUCUCGCUUGCAGCAAUCUACAGCCCACCGAUCACAGGAGGAUGUCAGUCGCCCGGUCAACGCAGUCUUGUCUAGCACGGCGAGCAUGUCUUUGAAGAGGCCGCUCCAACAGGAUGGCUCAGAAGAUGGGGUCCAGCGACCUACAGCACCCCGGAAUGGCCCGUCCCAGCCAAAGGAGGUCAAGCGCAUGCGCAUGUCAGAUGAGUUCGAUUUCGAGGACGAAGCGGAAAUGCAAUCGUAUGGGACCAGCUUGAAGGGACCGCCUGUCCGACCUUCAGCUGGCUUUAAGAAAGAUCUGCCAAACAAGUCACUAUACAGCGGCUACGCCCCUGCCCCCCAAGGCGCCACACGCGACAUCUUUAAGGCACCAGUGGCACCUCAGCAUAGCAAGUCUGGCCAUCCUCUUGACAUGGCACAAGUCUCGAAGGGGCCUAUCCCAUUCGCGGCCAACCACCAUGCUGCCGGGCCAUCUCACAAGACCCCAGCCAGGCCAAAAAGCGUUGUGGCGACUAAAUCGGCUGCAAAACCCGCUAAUCGAUCAUCACCGCGCUUCCAGAACGGCGACAACAUCGAGCUGCCGGAGAUUCAGACGGAUGAUGAUGACGAUGAGGAGGAGGAAGAGGAAGGGGCCAAAGCGCUGGGGGUUGCCUCGUGGGCUGACACGCCUGCACUUCGACGUGAGCUUAUGCGGCAAGAGACGGUCGACCCCUUGCAGGUGUUCGGCCCCCCGGCGCCGCUCAACAUGGAAGAGGUGUUCAGCAAGAGCAAAGACAGGUGGCACAAGUUCCGCGCGAGGACGAGCAGCGCGAACUGGAGCGGUGCUGACCGGCUGACAGAGGACGAGAUCCGGAAGGACCUGGCUGCGCGGGACCGGAUGAGACGCGAAGGAGGGUGGACAUAUGAACUGAGCAAGGACAUGUGA